GUGGUGGCGGCCACGGGUAGCGAACGUGUUGUUGUAGACUUCCUUGGCAGUUGAAUGUCCAUUAUAAUCACUGUUGUUAGUACAGAUAGGCCAAGAAGAUAAGGAAGGACAAUAUCAGUGUUGAAUCAUCCUAUAUAUUUGUUCGUUGUGACUUCUGUGUUAUAUGUGGAAGGUUUGGACUAACUAGUAUCAUCCCUUCUUGAGUACCUUCAAGACUCUUAGUCUCAUAAGUGUUCCCUCGUAUGCAACUUGCAAUAAGGCGGCCACAACGACUGCAAUAACCUUGUACCACGCCGUUCCCUGCCCUCCCCUCACAUCCGUGGCUGCCCACACCAUACACUACGUUACCGUUAGUACGUGUUUGUUGUAUGGUUAACGUCAGUUCAAUUACUCGCCUCGUCAACGUUACGUAAUGAUAAAUGAAUGUUGUCGCAAACUUAUACCGUUGGUGAAUUUCUUACGCGUUGUUUUGUUGUGAAGUACAUAUAAACUGUAGUGACUUUUAAUGUUAUGAUUGACACUGCAAUCUGAAACGGACUUUUAACUGUGUACAUCGAAAAAUCUGUGUCGUGGGCUAUUCUUGUCUAGUUGGAAGUUUCAGAUCACGACCUUGUUCAGAAGUUGUAAGGGGUGAGAAGCUCCUACUGACUAGCCUAUAGUUUUUCCUUGUUAAGUCUUCAUUAAGGUCAUUAUAUAGAAACAUUCUUGGAACAAAGUAUUACCUUGCUAAGUAAACAAUCUCGUGCUGUGUUUACAAAUAAUACUAUCAAGAAAUUGUUGUAUACACGUAAACCAUUGCAACAAAAUCCAGAAAGGGUACCAACUCACAGCCACGGUAUCCUGAAAAGAACAACAAACCACAACCUUCUCCCGCGCGAGUGUGAUCAUUCUGCUGGAGGGCGACUAAGCAGCGUCUCUCGGAAACAAGACUCCCCUAACAAACAAAAGUCAAAGUCAACUAACUGUCAUAAACACAAGUUCCCGUCUUGCUCAUCUCCUUCCUCUUCGUGCUCUCGUUCUUGCUCCGCCGGUUUCCGUUUCCAUCUCCUUGACUUGUCCUCAAGGCUCCCGACGACAAGAUGGAAGACUCAAGCCGAGCCAGCACUCCCUCCUCCUCCAACGCCAACACCACAGCCUCCAAUACACGGCCCACCACGCCCAGGGAGGAGAGACACCAGCCCAAGAGGCUGAACAUUCCGGGGGGCAAGCCACUGCCUUGUGCAAGCUUGGUCGUUGUCAACCCGAAAGGAAAGAUGCACGCCGGCCUGGUCAGCGUGAGCGACGGCAAGUCUAAGCCCCAGCCUGUGAAGCUCAUCCUCACCUCGGACUCCCUGGUGCUGCAGCGGGAACAGCUCGUCAUCAGCACCAAGAAUGUCGACAACAACUGCCCGGAUGCCAGGAUCCGGCGGGUGAAGGUGAUCCGGCAGCGGUCGUCGGGACUUGGGCUGAGCAUCAAGGGAGGCGCUGAACACAAGCUUCCAAUUCUCAUCUCUCGCAUCUUCAAGGACCAGGCGGCGGAUCUCACAGGGAAGCUCUUCGUGGGUGACGCUAUUCUGAAGGUCAACAACCGGUCCUUGCUACGGUGCACACACGAUGAGGCAGUGGGUGAGCUGAGGCAGGCUGGGGACGAGAUCAUCCUAACCGUCAGACACUACAAGGCAGCCACGCCCUUCCUCAACAAGACUGACGACAAUGUGAGCUCCACCUCGGAAAGAAGUAGUGCCCAGCUAAGGCCAGAAGACGGAUGGCACUCCCCCUCCAACCCUACCUCUCCCACCACACCCACUGGGAAGAUCACCAACCACAAGCUUUCAAACAGUGAUCAGACAGACUGCUCUACCACGGAUUCCACCACAACUGCCUCUAUCAGGAGCACAACAAACAAUCUAAAUAAGGUCAAUAACCGGGUGAAUGAUGUCAUAUCCAACGACAUCUCCACCACUACCUCCACCACUGCUGCCACAGCCACCUCCACCUCUUCUUCCACUACAGACAACACUCCCAAUGGACCCAAGGUGGAGAAACAGUGGGUGGAUGUUGUCACAGUGCCCCUCAUGAUGGCAUACAUCACACGGUACAUCUUUGGGACGGAUAAGCUACGACCUCAAGCAUUUGAGGUGCGUGGCAUCAAUGGCAUCAGCACUGGGGUGGUUCAUUGUCAAGAUGCGGCAAUGCUCUCUCAGUGGAUCAAGCACAUCACCAACAACAUUAUUGGACUCACCAACCUGCAGAUGAAGUUGUACAAUUCAAGUUUCCCAGCAUCUGAACAUGUGUUGUACAUGGGGUGGGUGUGUGAAGGUGUUCUCAAUCACAACUUGCCAUGGCAGAACUGGAAGCCCAAGUUUAUUGCACUGAAAGGAACCGACAUCUACAUGUUUGACACCCCUCCUCUCAACACACAUGACUGGGUGGAGCGAGCAUCAGUGUGGGCUGUCCAUCAGACCAUGUUCAGGGUGAUAAAGGAGUCUGAGUAUGUGGAUGAGAGGCAACAUUGCUUCCUGUUGCAAACAGCCAUGCAAGAAUCCCGUUACCUGAGUGUGGAGACUCGCCAGGAUCUGCUCAGGAUUGAAAAUGCCUGGCAUCGAGCUGUUUAUAAUGCAGUCACCAGACUUGGGAGCAAGACCUUUGCAGUAACACAAGGCGGGAGGUCUUCAGGCUUGACCCUAGACUGGUCGGGGGGAUUUGCCCUUUAUGACACUGAAACCCGAGAAUACCAUUGGCGUUACAAGUUCUCUCAGCUGAAGGGGUCUUCUGAUGAUGCGAAUACCAAGCUCAAACUUCACUUCCAGAAUGAAAGCAAAGAAAUUGAGACUAAGGAGCUGGAGUGUGCCACCAACCUCCAGAACUUGCUCUUCUGCAUGCACGCCUUCCUCACAGCUAAAGUAGCAGCCGUUGAUCCCUCCUUCCUACGAGCCCCUCCCAAGACUCCUACGUAGUCAUGCCCCAGAGGUAAAAAUGAGAAAAAGACUUGUGAAGGACAGUAAGGCAGUGUUACUUCUGCUCAACCACACCAACUUCUAUAUUAAGGAACUAAUACUUCAAUACCAUAUUACAUUCUAAAGGUGUAUAUAAAAAAAAAUGGUUUCCAAAUCUCCAAACCUACUUUCUUUUGUUCGAAGUGAGGUACUGAUCAAAGCUGAAUAGCAGUGAUUAAUUAUAUACCUAAAGUUUAUACCAUUCUCUGGGAUUUACUGCAAACUAUUAAUAUCACUGAUUUAUUUAUUUUUUUUUUUUCUAUUCUUUUUUACUGAACCACAAAAAUGUACUUCCAAGUUUUCCUGUAUCAGUAGUCCUUCAUGAUGGUUAUGUAGGCAUCUAACUAACAUGAAGUGCAUUCCAAUCUCUGGCUCCAGAAUCAGUUUAAGCUAUCUACAAUGUGAAACUGUUGUUAGAUUUCUUUCUCUCCUUUCCUCGUGAAACGUUUGGUGAAUGUAAGUAAUAAUGUUUGUAAUUUGAAGUGAAGUUGAAGGAUGGCAGUAUUGUUAAUGUAAAUAUCUCAGAUUUCUGCCCUCCUUCCACAAACAGGACAUAAUUCCCUCUACUUUUCAUCUUGACUAUUCAAAAGUUUGCUGGACAAGUACAAGACUAAUGAGGAACUGAAUUGUCAUAACUGUAUUGAACACUUGAAUAACUGAUACAUAAUUACCUUAAGUAUCAAAUAUUGCAUUUUGGAAAGGAAAUCUUUCACCCUAACAUUUUUAGAAAUUCAUUUUUAUCCCCUUGAGUCCUAUUUGGUUAACACCAUAAUCAACAUCUUAACUUCAUUACCUAGAUAGCCUAGAAGUUAGCAUGUAAAUCUCUAGAUCUCAGUUUGUGUCUGGAUUAAGCCAGAUGAUCUUGUUACUAGAUGAAGAAGACAAAGACCUGUGACAUUAUCAUACUUAGCCUUACCCAUUUAUUAAAAAUCCAUUGCAUAUAUAAUGCCAACAUCUUUCUUUCUUAAAUAUGUAAAUAUAUGUACUGAUUUUAUGAAAAUUGGGUAAAGGUAAUUAUGAAACAGUCACAGUCACAAUUCAUUGUCUAGUGCUGAGACUCGGUGCCAAAAUGACUUUCCAGUAGACUUAAACAAGUCAUGUUUCACAGUCCCACUAGAGUUAUGGAAGUGUGGCUUUCCCACAGUUUGACAAAUAGCUGAGCCUUGAAAAUCCAAUAACUGACUCAUAAGUUGAAUGUAUUCCCUCCCACUACAAUACCCUGCUCAAUGAAAAGGAGACAAAGUACAGCUUAGCUAUUACUACUUUGCCCUACAUGAAAUACACAAUACAUCUGGAUAUGAGAUAAUUCAUAAAAUGAACAGGUUUGGCACAUAACCACAAAUGGUCUGUCUCUCAUCUAAUAGAAUCAGCAAUAUUAAACAUAGUUAUUUAAUGGGUGCAAUACAUAUUAAUAAUUUCACAGGAAAGUAUGCUGUAUGGAGACAAAUCUUGGAAUGCACUCAUUUUGUAAUGAAAAUUGUGAUGUUCAGGAGUUGUUGACAUAGCUACACUUGUAAAUAUAUUACCAUAGCCGUAUCUUGCAUGAUUCACUUGUGAAGGUGCAGCACUAAAGCUCACCUCUGUUUGUUGUGGCAGCUUCACUCAUGUGUGGCCACUCUCAACAUAACUGUAUACAUGUAGUAUAUGUAUUUAUUUGUAAAGACAAAACUUAGCUCUGGUCCUGAUGGCAUGUUCACCAACACUACUACUCAUCAUGUAUUCAUACACUGUUCAGUUAUUAUCUGUCAACUUGUCAUAAUGCUUGUCAUCAUGUCAUCAGUCACCCUCAAGGUCUUAAGAUAAGAAAUAUUCAGAUGUCUAAUUUUCAGUAAUAUUUUUUUCAAAUAUAUGUUAUACAAUAAAAUAUAUAUAUACACACACACAUACAUACAUAAAUAUAUACAUGCAUAUAUAUAUACAUAUAUAUAUAUAUAUUUUUAGGUCUGUGUAAUUUACAUAUGCUGUGUUGUGUACCCUCUGGAGGGGUUUGAGAGCAUUGCCAACAUGAUGUUAUUGUUCUCGUUUAUUGGUGAUACUGUGAAUGAGCAGGUUUACUGCACACACAUUUGUAGGAAUAACAGUUUGGAAUGGUUGUUACUUGCUUGGGAUGAAAAUUUUUGCUGAAGUGGUAAAAGGCUGAAAUUUAUUUGUAUUCAGCAAUGUGUACAAGACCAAUGGACACUUGCUUUGAAAUAAUAGUUGUGCUUUGAAGUGAGGUGAAUACUCAUUGAGGAUCAUGGUCUUGUGUAUGAGAGUUGCAGGCAGUACAGUGUUCUGCUGUCAUAACAUGCAUAACACAUGAGAAGUGUUGUUUGACUGAGCAGUGUGUAUGAAAUGUGCAUUUUAAAAACUUGUGAUUUUGUUUUUUUAUUGGAAAUAUUGAUUUCUGAUUUGUAGCAACUGAAAUGUGCAUUUUAAAAACUUGUGAUUUUGUUUUUUAUUGAAAAUCUUGAUUCUUCUGAUUUGUAGCAACACUUGUAUAACAACUGAAUUGUUGAUAUCAGAGAUAAUUAUAUAACAUGAACGAAA